AUGGCUGCCGAAACAGCUACGAAGCGAAUCAAGCCCGAUCCCCUCAUUAUUGGCACCCACAAUGGCCACUUCCAUGCGGACGAAGCCCUCGCCGUCUACAUGCUCCGUCUUCUUCCCGAGUAUGCCUCUGCCGCCCUCGUACGAACACGAGAUCCCGCCCUCUUAGAGACCUGUCAUACAGUUGUCGACGUUGGUGGUGAGUACGAUGCCUCCAAGAACCGCUACGACCAUCAUCAACGUUCCUUCACCACUGCAUUCCCCGACCACAAGACGAAACUAUCCUCUGCUGGCCUGGUUUACAUGCAUUUUGGCAAAGCCAUCAUUGCUCAGCAUACAAAACUGCCGAUUGACCACCCGGAUGUGGACCUGCUCUACCGCAAACUGUACGAUGACUUUAUUGAGGCGGUUGAUGCCAAUGACAAUGGCAUUUCGAAAUAUGAUGGUUCGCAGCUUGAACAGGCCGGCGUCGAGCAGAGGUUCAAGGACAGUGGAAUAACACUCGCAAGCUUGGUCAAUGACUUGAACCAUGAAGACCCCUUGACCCUGGGUGCGCCCUCACGGUCGACUCAGGAUCAGCCCCAGGCAGAGGAGGACUACAGGUUCACGCAGGCUUCGACCCUCAUGGGGACUGCUUUCUUGCGCAAACUCCAUGGGGCAGCCACCGCCUGGCUUCCUGCACGAGCCAUUGUCAAAGAAGCUUUUCAGUCUCGCAGCCAACAACAUCCUUCUGGUCAACUCAUAGUCCUGCCCCGCGCCGGUGUCCCUUGGAAAGAGCACCUGUACAAUAUCGAGGAUGAAAACAAUUUGCCUGCGGACCAAAAAAUCCUCUAUGUGAUCUAUCCUGAAAAGGAGGAGCCCGGGUCCAAAUGGAGAAUCCAGGCUGUCAGUAAAGAUUUUUCAAGUUUCGAGAACCGAAAAAGCUUACCAGAACCGUGGCGUGGCGUGAGAGACGAGGAGUUGGAUGCUCUGCUAGGUGGCGCUGUUGAGAAUGGGGCGGUCUUUGUCCAUGCAAGUGGCUUUAUCGGGGGUCACAAGACGGAGGCUGGUGUCCGGGCUAUGGCUGCCUUGGCUCUCGCAGCCUGA